UUUGCACGCUGAAACGACCAAAAGGUCUGGGGAUGAAUAUAUUCAACUCAAUCCGUCGGGAGUUGAACUGUAUAUUUCCUUUUCUUUUCCUUUCAUUUAAUUCCUUUUAGAUUUAAGCUGUCCAUUUUCAACCAUACUUCAAUUUCGGACCAAGUUUUUCUACGUGGGCUCACUGUUUCGUCAUAUGUGCGGGAUCAAGGAACAAACACUAAAUUUCCCGAUGUAAGAAAGAGGGUGAAAUAGACACAGUAGAGCCACUUUUUUUUUGAGAUGCAGGAGUCGACGACAAAAAAGAAAGCAGAUUUGAAAGUAAUCAUUCUUGGUGACACUAGUGUUGGAAAAACCUCAUUGAUCCAAAGAUAUCUUCAUGGAGUCUUUGCAGGAAACACUAUCAGUACUAUCGGAGCAUCUUUCUUUCUAAAGCAGUGGGGACCCUACAAUGUUGCCAUCUGGGACACUGCAGGUGAAGAGAGAUACUCAGGCCUUUCCUCAUUUUACUGUCGGGGCGCUUCAGCAGCCAUUCUGGCUUAUGACAUCUCACAAAGCAGAUCUCUUCGCGCGUUAAGAGAGCGUUAUCUACAAUUGCUUGACGCGUCCGAACCAAACUGUCUAGUGGUAGUAGUAGGCACCAAGAAAGAUCUUGUGACGGGCAGUUUUCGGGAAAUUGCAUCCUGUGCUGGCGAGUCAUUAGCCUUGGAACUAAAUGAAAAGAAAGGAAGGGCCAGUGGCAGCUUCAACGAGAAACCAUUCUUUGAAACGAGUGCAAAAUCUGGCGAAAACGUUCAGAAAGUUUUUGAUUUUAUAUUGAACACGUGCUUACCUUUGGACAAUGAAGACACUGCAAAGAGGUCAUUGCGACAAACGACAGGCAUCGAUCUUGAAAAUGAAUCACAGACGCAAAACGAAAGCGCAAAAAAAUGUUGCUGAGAAUAUCUGCAGCCAAAAUCCCAUCUAUGGUUUCGAAUGAUAUGGAAAUUUUAUUCAGAGGAGUCUAAAAUAAUUAUCGCCAUGAAGUAUGCUAAUAAUGCCACCAUCAACCGACUGGUAACUUUUGGAUGGCAAUUUUUGGAUUGACAAUUUUUCUUUUCUUGUUGUUUGAUUGGAAAGAGUCCAUGUUCAAUGCGCCAUCGGCUAUCGCAGAAAAGCUCUACAAGAUCAUGAUACCAUUUAUACCGAAUUUUAGUUAGAGACCGGUUCAGCGUAGUAUAAGAUAGUAGUUGACGUGAGCCCUUGCUGGAAAUAUGAUAAUUAGAGGCCUGUGUUUCGUGUCCUAAAUCGACGGCUCUUCAGGGUGUACGCCAUAUUGCUUUCUUUUUAAUGGAGGAGGGGCGAGUAAGUUGAUCGUGACGUUAGCUAGAGUAAUUUGCAAGGAAGCACGAACAGUUAAAUACUUUUACAGUCGAAUCCCCGUAAACGAACUUCUCAACUAAACAGUCGCAAGGGCCAGUUUCAAAGGCCGUACCUUUCACAUUGUCUUUGUAGUUGCAGAGCUAAAUUGAUGGUACCACCAGUGGCGUCUGAAUCAAAUGUGAAAGGAAUCAGCAAUUCCAGUCGUGUCGUACGACUAUCAUCUAGAAGUUGAUAAAGAUAGGUGAACCGGUGUCACAAUUUUUAAAAGCUGGCGUAUCGAGAGUUAGCUCUUAGUACAGGAUUCUACGAACGAAUUUUGCACGGCUGUGGGUGUUUCACGAUGGACCGAAAGGCCAAUCCCAGUGGGGGGGUCCAGGGGGGCAUCCUUCCCCGUCAAAUUUUAAAAAUUGACCUUCAUAAUUCCUAACUGGUAAGGAUUGCCUAGAUUAAGGUUUUUUUUUUUCCCAAGAAAGUGAGGGGGCACAGAGCCCCCGCCCCCUACUUUUACGGCCCUGUGGUUAAAGUCUUCGUGCUGACAAGAGCUAUCGUUCGAAUCGUCACUUCCCAAAGCUCGGUAAGAAAGUAUCGCUACCUCACUCAACUUGAAGUUCAUGAUUAUCCACACUGAAAGAUAGAUCACCCUUUGUAAUAAAGAGCCCUAAGUUACUGGAAUGUUUAUUCACUAUGCUAUAUCAGUUCCAAUAAUGACGAAAAAGAUACAAGCAAUGGAACAAGAGCAUGUGAGGAAACAAAGAAGCAAACCAAUUGGGUCUGUCACUCUCAUUGCAGCACGUGAGAAAGUUUGCUCGGACAUGCAUGUACGCGUAUUCAGGAUGCUAGAACAGUUCUCUGCAAUGAACUUAUGUACAGCAGUAUUACCACCUUGGUAAAGUUCUCUCAUUUUUACCAGCUUAACUGAAGGAACAAUGCCAUCAAAGAGAGUCUUACCAUUUUCUUGCCUUGGAAAGGUUCCAAUGUUCAAAGGCAUCCCAUCACAACGAAUAACAACCAAAUACUUCUUUAAUCCCUGAGCUGUAAUACAUGGCACAUCAUCAAGAGUAUCUAAUAGUGUUAACAGUAACAUCAAAUUUCUCAGAUGUGGACCAGAAUUGUUCACUGGUGCAAGCACUCGUGAAUCCAAGGUGGAUAACGAUGGUCCAGGUUUGCAGUAUGAAUGUGUUGGUGCAACUGUGUCUGUGCUCCUUGAGACCAAAGCGUUUACCACCAAGGCAGAACAUGUCUCCUUUUCUUGUUGCUACUUCUGCAAGAGAUUCACAGUAGCUGAACAGAGUUGGCCAAUGUUCCCAGUUUGUGACUGGAUUGGGCUGAGUUAACAGUUUAGUCAUAAAGGCAUCCAUGUUCUGAUAGAUCAGAUGUUGUCUGGUAAUACUACCACAACUGAUGAAUUUAUUUAGCCAGUAGGCUAAGUAAUCUUCUUCAACUUCUGUUACACGUUUCUUAAGGGCACUCGCAUGAGUUAUAUUUCACUGACACAUUUCAGUUCCAAUUGAUUUUUCGCAUGUGUGUUUAUUCGAAUUUCAGUUGAAAGACUUGCAAGAUAUGAAAAAAAAGAAAUUCUGUGACAAGUUCUUGGAUGACCACUGUAAAUGUAAGGAUGUUCUUGUAAGUGGCAGGUAAAGACCAAGCUAAUACCAAGUACAAGGUGGUACAAUCAAACUGGAUAUUGUUUAGAAAGAAUUUUCCAAGAUUGCUGCAGAAUGUUCAAACACUGAUUGACCUUUUAGGAGUUUAAUUUUUUUUCCGUAUACAAUCAGACGGUUCCACUGCUGUGCUAAAGAAAGAGAAAAUGAUAAUACUGGCCUAAGGUGGACUGUUUGUCAACACCAGAACUUGUCAAAACAGCACUUGCCAACUUGCUUGAGUAAAUUUGAAUGAAAUUUGCAAGUUGCUUUAUGCAAACUAUCAAUAAAUACUGGAUCAAUGCACUGCAA